CCGCUUCUGCCCUUUUUGCCCCGCCCCCCAUCAUGUGACCGCGCCCCGCCCCGCCGGCGCUGCCGUUAGCUUCCGGGAGCAGCCGGGUGGUAGGACAGCGGCGGCGGCAUGUCCGGGAACGGCUUAGGCUACAACGAGCAGGGCGGGGAGGCGGCGCCGGCCGAGUUGGGCCAGGAGGCGGCGCCCACAGCAGCGCCCUCCGCCUCGGCGGCCUUCGGGCUCUUCAGCAGCGACACCAAGAAAAAUGAAGACCUAAAGCAGAUGUUGGAAAGCAAUAAAGAUUCUGCUAAAUUGGAUGCUAUGAGAAGGAUUGUUGGGGUGAUUGCAAAGGGGAAAAAUGCAUCUGAAUUGUUUCCUGCUGUUGUGAAGAAUGUGGCCAGUAAAAACAUUGAGAUAAAAAAGCUAGUGUAUGUUUAUCUGAUGCGAUAUGCAGAGGAGCAGCAGGACCUGGCAUUGCUGUCCAUCAGUACCUUCCAGCGUGCUCUGAAAAACAGAAGCAUGGAGGUGCUGUGCUGUAAUGGCUGCUACAUCUCUUGGCAACAAGUAGCAGGGGCAGAGUCAGUGGUGACGUGUAGGAAGUGCACGUGCACCCCCUGUCAGGAUCCUAAUCAGUUAAUCCGUGCAAGUGCUUUGAGAGUUUUAUCCAGCAUCCGUGUGCCAAUUAUUGUUCCUAUAAUGAUGCUUGCUAUUAAAGAAGCAUCCUCUGAUUUAUCUCCUUAUGUUAGGAAAAAUGCAGCCCAUGCAAUCCAAAAACUCUAUAGAUGGCCCCCUUACAGUUAUCAGUAUCAUCAAGAAGGUGGGAGAACUGGGAGCUGUGAUGUCAGACCUCCUUCCUUGAUCCGGAGCAAAAGGAAAUGUUGAUAGAAGUGAUAGAAAAACUCCUGAAAGAUAAAAGUACGGUUCAUUUGGAUCUGUUUUUCAAAAAGGAUCCAAGCAACAAGAGCUCCUGAAGACUGGAUUGAUUUGGCAGAGGAAGUGUUCUUAUCUUUCAUUCUCCAGAUGCACAUGGCAAAUUACCUGUUUCUGGUGAAAAAGCAGUCAAGCUGUCUCAAUUUAUAGAAAGACUUCUGCAGAAGCAAAAAAAAAAUAUUUAAAUGAUCAUUAUAUAAGGGCAACUGACAGCUAAACUUCUCUGCCAUCAGCUUGAAUGCCUUUGACAUAUUUUGGGGAUCUAGCUCCAGUUGUCGUACUCAAGAAAGUCCAGAUCAUAAAAAAUAAAAUGAUUCAUUCCAGGGCUGCAGCAUCUUUUAUCUUUUAAAAACUGAGGUGGCUCUCUGUUCAUUAAAUGACUCAAAAGCCACGUUGAAUUAUCUGGGAUUUGUAUGGCCUUAUCUUGUGGAGAAAGCAAAUCAGACUACAGAGUGCCUUCAGUCAGCACCUCUGUUUCCAUACUGUUAUAAUCCAUACAGAGUGCUGGACAUUCCAUGGAAGCUUUGAUAUUUCACAGCAGAAAACCCAUCACCUUCCUUGGACUUGGCGUGCUUGACACUUUUUUGCCAUUGGGUUUUAUGUUGCAAUUCAGUCUGACAGAGAUUUUGGAGGCACUCUACCAUUUUUUCCUGCUUUUUUGGCAACCACUUCCCAUUUUAACAAAGCAUGGGCUGGGGCAGUCCAGUAGAAAAGGCUUGAAGCAUUUUAAUGCCUUUUUCACUUCAACCUUCUCAAAUGGUUUCAUAUGAUGAGUGCAGUUGACAUUGAAGAUAAGGAAGGAGGAAAAUAGAGGAAGAACUGGUUAGGGAUUACUUAGACAAGUUAGAUGCUUUUAAGUCAGCAGUGCCAGGUGGAAUACACCCUAUAUAGUACAGAAAGAAUUGACUGUGGCAAUAUCAGAGCCAUUUUUAGAACUUGUGGAGGUUAGAUGAGGCCCUGGAUGACUGGAAAAGGGCAAAUAUAGGAUUUAUCUUUAACAAAGAGAAGAAGGAAGAUCUGGGCAAUUAGACUAGUCAGUCUGAGUUCAAUAUCUGAAAAGAUCAUGGUCAUCACAAUUGUUUGAAGCACCUGAGAAUAGAACAGCUGGCAUGGAUUCAUAAAGAGCAAGUCAUGCCUGAUCAACUUGAUUUUUUUUUUCUGUGAGAUGGUGACAGACAGGAUGGGGAGAGAGCACUGGAUGUGAUGUACCUUGAUUUUUUUUUUUUUUUUUUUUUUUUUUAACAAGGCUUUUUAUAUCGUCUUCCAGAACACUAUUCUUAUAAGCUAAGAAAAUACAGACUAGAUGAAAGUACUGUAACGCAGAUGCAGAACUUUUUGAAUCAUCAUGCACAAUGAGUAGUUAUCAACAUCUGGAAGGUAUCACGUGGGGCUGCCAGGGGUCUCUCCUGGGUCUGGUAUUGUUUAAAAUAUACAUUAAUAAUUGGGAAGAUGGGAUUGAGUGCCUGCUUAGUGAAUUUGUAGGUGACACUAAGUUGGGUGGAGAUGCAGACACUGGUGUAUAAAGCCAGGAUACAGAAUGACCUGAAUAGGCUGUAUUCACAAUCCAGUCUUUCAGUUACACAGUCAGUCAGAUGUAUGUGUCCUUGUUGAAUUUGGAAGUUCUGCACUUGAGAUGAAACAAUUGUAUGCACAAAUGCAGACUGGGGAAUGAUUGACUAGGCUGUGGUACUGCAGGGAAGGACUUUGGUUACAGUGAACCAUAACCUGAAUGAACAAAUAGUAUACUCUUCUUGCAAAAAAGAGCCAACAGCUUACUGGGUUGUGUUAACAGGACCAUCACUUGCAAAUUAAGAAAAGUGAUUCUUCUUAUGAGGAAAGGCUGAAAGAAUUAGGACUAUUUCAUUUGAAGAAGUGAAGGUUGAGGGGCGCUUUGAUUGAGUCUUCAAUACCUGAAAAGUGCUAAGCAGGGACCUGGUUUUCGCUAUUUAAAAAUCAGUUUCUCUGAGAGAUCCCAAAUUAUCUGAUUAAAAAAAACCCCCAAAUCCACAUUUUUCUGUGAUUAAAAUAAAGUGUAUAUAUGUAUCAGUUGAACACAAUGUU